AUGAUGCACAGAGAAUCUUGCAUGUGUGGGAUGGAGAGUUUAGAACUCUUCCAAGUUCCUCCCACGAAUAUAGCUUUACAAGAAUCGAAAUGGAUGGAGUAUUAUCCGGUUGCCAGUACCCUUAAUUCCGAUACGGCUCCCAUUGAAUUCGAUAUCCAGGGACAGGGAGACGAAUUUAUUGAUUUGUCACAAACUUAUUUACAAGUGGUUUGUAAAUUUACUAAAGGCGAUGGUAGCAAUUUAACGGACGGACACAUGGACGAUGCUAAACUUGAUGCUGCAACCCAAUCCAAAAGUCAAUUUGAUGUCCCUGCUGGAGACAACCCCAAGGUAACAGUCACUGCCGCCAAUCUGGAACUGAGCUAUCCUGAUGGUGCUAAAAAUGAAGGUUUGAGAAAACGCCAUGAUAUCAUUGAGGACAGUAAAAAAAUAACUUUAAUUGAUCGACUCUAUCUGGAUCUGUUUCAACAGGACAGAUUUAUUCCUAAUGGAGUAGACAUUCGUUUGAGAUUCAAUCGCGCCAAAUCUGAUUUCUACAUGAUGACAGCUGCAGGAAGUACAGGGAAAGUGUCUAUUAUCAGUAUAUUAUUGUGGGUGAGAAAAGUUAAACCCACCCCCACUGUACUCAAUGCCAUCAAUCAGCGUCUAAAUACCGAAACCGCGAAAUAUCCUCUGAGAAGAGUCGAAGUGAAAACUUUCACCAUCCCUAAUGGUAUCCAAUCUAAAAUCAGCGAUCAUUUGUUUCAAGGACAGAUGCCUAAACGCUUAGUCAUUGGAUUUGUACCUAAUGCCUCAUUUAAUGGAGAUUCUACUAAAAACCCCUUUAAUUUUAAAAACUAUAAAGUCAAAAAAUUGGAAGUGAGCAUCAACGGAGACACCAUAUCUACAAGACCCUUUGAACCUGAUUUCACCAAUAACUUGUAUCUUAGAUCUUAUCUAAGUCUGUAUCAAGGACUAGGAAAAUUUGGAUCCGAUUGGGCUCCGGACAUCAAUUUUGAAGAAUAUAAAGACGGGUACACACUGUGGUGCAUAGAUUUUACCAAAGAUCAAGAAGCACAACUAGACAAAUUUCAUCUCAUUGAAACUGGAAAUUUAAGAAUCGAAGUUCAAUUUGGUGAAAAUACCCCAGAAGCCCUCAACUGUUUAGUAUAUGCUGAAUUUGAUAAUUUAUUGGAAAUCAACAAACAGAGAGAAGUGAACAUAGACUAUUAA